UCACAAUCGUCGUAGCUUCGCCAGAACUUUGGAGGUCACGAGAACGAAGAUGGACGUCCGGUACAAAGAAAAGCUCCAGCAGAAUGCAGACGUCAUCGCUGAGGAGAUCGAUGCCGAACAAGUAUGCCUGUACCUCAACGGAACCGUCCUGACGUCAUUCGAAGUCGACAAGAUCUACGCUGUCAAAUCCCGCCAGGAGCGCGCACGGCGUCUUCUCCACCUCAUCAUGACCAAAGACACCAUGGCAUAUCAGCAUUUUCGGUACGCGCUCCGCGAGCGAUACGCGCACAUCGUCCGCAAGCUGGACGAUACCGCCGUGUGCGCGUCGGACAAAGAGAACGGGGAGUUUGAACGGAACCGCGUCCUGAAGCGCCGAGAUUCGCUCAUUCUGAACAUCCAGACUGAAGAUCUUGUGGAUUACAUGAAGCAAGAGGGCGCCCUAACCAGUAAUGAUUGUAACAGGAUAAGGGCAGGUGCUAGUAAGGAGGACAAGGCAAGGAUUAUGGUGGAUUCAUUAUCGGGAAAAGGACCACAAGCCUACAAGACAUUGUCCCUGGCUAUCAGAGCUAGGCAGCCUCAACUCGCUAAGAUAUUUGAGAAAACAGACUGAAGCAUUUGAAGUUGCA